AUGUCACGACCGCAAUCCGUCACACCUCCGCAUAACGUAGGUUCCACAUCACAGAGCCCUUCCACAUCUUCCCAUUCACGCAAAAGGAAAAGAGGUGAAAAAGCUCGCACCUCAUCUCGAGAUAUUCACUCCGAGGGAACGAAACACGAACGCAGUCGCUCGCCAUCAGUAGUCUAUCGUGGGCUAGAAGACGAAUAUGAGGAUAGGCCCUGGGAGGACGAUGCGUUCGACCCCAAAAGAUCAGGAGGCUUAGACUUAACAAGAGGGUCAAGCUCGCUUGGAGGACAGAAAGGAUGGACAUACCAUCUCGAGAUCAUUCAACAGCCUCAAAGGGCAAGAGCGUGUGGAUUUGGUAAUAAAGACCGAAGACCGCUGUCACCGCCACCAAUCAUUCGUCUUUGGAUCCGUACAGCUUCCGGUACACUGGUGGAUCCCAAUACGGUUGACACGCGUUUCCUCAUUCUUCUGGUCGAUCUUUGGUCAGCUGAUAGGCAACAAGAACGUAACGUUGUCAUGCAUCCCGUUUCUGCUGGGGUGUCACGGAUGGAAUCACCUCCGCUAGGUCAAGCAGAUCUACAACCAGUCGCUGGACCUUCUUCACGACCUAGUACAGGAAAUUCGAGACCCAUGAGUGGCUCGAGUGCUGGAAUAUCAUCCUGGUCAAGCGGAUCUUGGCGGCAGCCAACUUUCCACUCCCCUGCUCCUCCUCCUCACGUUUCAUCCCGUACACCUGAACUACCUCAGCGACCUCUCACCUCCGAUCCACCCUCACGAUCCUCUCCAUUACCUCGAUCUCCCCAAUCCGGUUGGACAAGCUCACGUCCACCUCUUCCGCCGUCCUUCCAUCGAACUCAAAGCUUCGGUAACCGACAGUUGGAACAUGAACCUGAUCCGCCGAGACCCAAAACAGCGCCUUCGCCACAAUACCCUUUGCAGCCAGCCCAAUCACCAUCAACAUCUUCUCCUCGUGGAUCAGGGAUAUUGAAACCGCCAUACAGCCUACCGCCACUUGCAUCGAUAGCGGAAGAACGACCUGGCUCCUCGUCCGGUUUGACCCUACCUGCUCUACAAGCUCAACGCGAGCAAAUGUACCGACCAAGCAGUAGUGGUAGCUCUUUAUGGGGAAGACCAAGAACAGGCCAGUCAAUGACAGAUGUCAGUACUGUUCCCACAGACUAUACCCUUGGUACACGUCCAGAAUCAAGUUCAUCCUCAAAUUGGUCUAUUCCGACUGAAUAUGGGACCAAGGAAAGACCUUCUUCAUCUGCUUGGCCUGAAAUGCGACCUUGGUCUUCCGGUAUUAUACAUUCCCGUCCAACUUCUUCCGCCGGUCUUCAUAUGGGUGGAAUGGGGAAUGCGCCACCUUCACCCCAUUCAUCUCAAUUUGCAUACAAUCCAAAGUUACCUGAACAGCUAUGGCCACCCACGCCAGGAAGCGUAACCUUUGCUCAGCAAGAGAUGUACCCACCCAACGCUUGGGAGAUGGAGAAAGCAAGAUACGCAUCAGCUUUACCUGCCGCUCAGUACAGUCGGGUCCUUGUGGGUAAAGUGACAGCUGUAUGUCAUAAAUUACAAGACGAGAACGAUAGACCAGGAUUGUACUUUUUUGCCGCUGAUUUGGGCAUAAGAACAGAAGGUACAUUCACAUUGAGAAUGACAAUGACGGAUAUAGCUUCGAUGAUGGCCCCAGAAGUACUACUAGGAUCGAAAACUCCAAUAUUAGCUGAAGCGUUCUCUAAACCAUUCACAGUCUACUCGGCUAAGAGGUUUCCAGGAGUGAUACCGACUACGAACCUUACAAAGGUAUUCGCGGCACAAGGAGUCAAGUUAUCUGUCAGAGAGACAAAGAAGGGAGCCGCAGGUGGCGGCGAUGAUGGAGAUGAUGAUGAUGACGAUUAA